UCAUUUGUCAAUAGUUGAGGAUUCCAAUAUUCCUCCAUGCAUGUAAACUUUCCAAUUUGGUUUUGUUUUUGUUAAAUAUUUCAGCAAUUUUAAGUGAAAUCUUUAACGUCAAAGCAUGGCAGCUGAACUAGACGUUUCCCGUCCAAAUAUACGAAUCCAAAUAGCCAACGACGCUACCAAAGAUAUGGAGGAAGCGAUGGAAGUUGACCCGGAGGUAAAAGAAAAUGAGGAGGGCGAAAUAAGCGACGAUAACAUGGAGGAGGAAGCUGUUCAAGAAGCGAAUAAUAAAAUCCCCACUAUAAAGCCAACAUUCACAACAGGAAUCAACAUAUUUGACAAAAAAGAACAGGAAAAACUCCAGGAGCGAGCAAGAAGAUUCGCCCUAAAACCAGAUGAAAUCAAUAGUUUUACAGAUGAAAACCUGGAAGAACUUCGUGAUAGUUUGGGUAUCAACCCAACCAAUGAAAGUGAAGUAAAAUUUGAGACAAUACAUUUAUUGGGGCUAGGCAGUAUGACUCCCGAAGAUAUUGUAGAUUAUUUCUCCAAUUAUGCGCCCGAGGGUAUAGAGUAUCUUGACCAUGACAGUUGUAAUGUUGUGUGGCUGGAUAAUUUAUCAGCCGCUAGGGCUUUGCAUUAUAAAUCAAGGGUCGUUAGGGGUAUGCCGGCAAGAGAACCUAAAGAUACAUUCCCUAAGGAGUUUUUGGAUGAUGUAGAAGAACCCACUGUGGAUAAUGGUGAGAGUAUCCUAAUAAAAAACAAAAACCGAGAAAUAGAGCUUCAAAAUGAAAUAGGAGAAGUUAUUCAGCCAAAAAAGAAAACAUAUCCUAAAAAUUCAGUGGAUAUCUCUGAAAUAACUGUGAGAAUUCCCCCGGGUUAUUGGCGAUUAGGCCUGGAGCACCCUAAAACAAAGUGUCUUCUUAUGAGAUAUGGCAAAGUAACAGACAAAAUUCCCUAUAAAUCAGAAAAGUAUUCCAGAUAUUUUAAAAAAGUGCCAAACAAAACGGGCAUUUCUGAAUCUAAAAAACAAGAGCUCAGGGGCAUAUUCGAGAGAAACAAAGAGUUGGAUAGCAAAAAUCCUUGGGGUUCCUUGGCUCGGAACUGGGAAAGAGACGCGAAGUUCAGAGAGAGAGAGCCGAUAAUGUAUAAUGAAAAGAGCGAAGAUGAGGUGGAAAUUGUUGCAGUUAAGAACCCAAAGCUGCAGGCCAGGCUAGGAAAGAAAAAAGUGACGUUACCCAGUCAAGAAGAAACUUUAGAUGAUGAACUAGAAGUAAGCAACGUCCGACUUCAAACAGAAAGAAAUGAUGUACCAGAGAAGAAGAAAGCAAAAGUGCCCAGAAUGAAAAUGUACGCGGACGAGGAAGAAGAGAACCAGAAAAGACGAAAAAUCUUAAUGAAAAUCAAAAAGCAAACCGAGGAAAUCGAGAAGAAAAACAGCCACAUGGAUCUGAGAAACAUGCUGGGGCCCUCAAACCGGCUAUUGCUAAAAAAAGACGAACCGGUGCCAGCCAUAGACUUGACGAAACAAGCCGAUUUAGGUGCAAAACUGAAAAACCGAAGUCAAAGGAUGUUAUUCGCCGUGGAGCGGGAACACGAAGAAAUCCCCCAUUACGACAUAAGACACUCGCGGGACGUCCGCAGGGAAAUAAUGUUUAAAUCGGACAGAAUCAGACACGUCAUCAACAGGGACAGAUCGAGAUCUCCAAUAAAACACAGAUCGGUCCUUUUAAGGCACAGGGAUGAACUGGAGAGCAGACACGAGCGAGAAAGAGAACGAAGACAAGCCCGUAGAAGAUCAUUAGAAAGAACUUUGCAUAGCGAUCGAAUGUACUCGAGCAGACGAAGAAGCCACUCGGCAGACGUGAAACCGAGGAGUAAAGUGGCGGUGGUGGUGCCGAGAAGACCGGCGGUUGCCUCGACGAUUUGGUCGAAAGUCAAACGGUCCGAGUCGAGCCAAAGUGAUUCGAGCGAAUCGGAAUCAGAGUCGGAGAGCAGUAGUAGUAGCAGCAGCAGUAGCAGCGACAGCGAGUCAGGCUCGGAGAGCAGCUCGUCGAAGAGUUCGGAGAGGAGGAUAAGGGCGAGGAACCCCGACAGGCCCGGGUUCGAUAAAAGUAGGUUAAGCGCAAAGGUGGAUCAUAAAAGUCCGUUGAAAAUCACGACGAAGAACGAGCAUUUUAAGCAGAAAAAGUCGAGGAGAGCUUAAAUGAAUUCUUUUUUUUAGCUUUAUGAAAUGCUUAGAAAUUAUGGACAUUGUUUCAAGAUCGUAUUUUGUGAAUUACUUUAUUUUUACGAUAUAUACAAGAAAAGUGUUAUAGUAAGUUUAAAACAUGUCUUCUUUUUUUAUUGAUGAACUUUAUAACAAAAUUAAUAUAUAAUUUUGGAUUCUUCAA